GGGCAGGCUCUCACUUUCGCCCUGGUUCGCUUCCAAAGUGAAACUGCAACUUUUAGUCCAGAGAACCUGAACUUCCACUCUCUCCCACACAUGCCCGGCCUUGUUAAUAUUUGUGUCAGAAAUGAGAAGCAAGCCAACCCUGUCCUGCUAAGCCAGCAGAGGAUUUAUUUUGACAAGUGAAGCCCCUGGAAUCCUAGCUUAAAAUAUAAAAGAAAGCCUGGCCUUCUGAAGUGUCAGGUGGCAGCUUCUGCGUCUUCCACGCCCUUUAAAAAUAGUGCAAGGGCUUCUCCGCUCAGCCGGCAGUGACAGUUUUGAUGCCAGGAGGAGUUGUUUCCUCAGCCAAUGAGUCAGAGCUCUGAGGGAGGCAAACCUGGGAUUAAAGACGUCCAAGUGGAACUUCAGCUGGCGACCUCUGGCAGGGAAGCUCUGACGAGGAUGGGUCUUUGGAGAGUCCUGUUCCUCUUGAUGCACUGCAGAGCCGUAAGUUCUGCCUCAGGUUCCUUUUGGCACAUUACAGACCUUCAUCUGGACCCACAAUACAAAGAGUCACCAGACCCCUUGAAGGUGUGCCCAUCGGCUGGCACCCAGCCAGUGGUCAACGCUGGGGCUUGGGGCAAUUACUUGUGUGAUGCUCCCUGGAUUCUUGUCAACUCUUCCAUUUAUGCCAUGAAGGACAUCCUCCCAGACCCAGACUUCAUUCUUUGGACAGGGGACGACACUCCUCAUGUGUCUGAUGAGAAACUGGGUGAAGAAACUGUGUUGGGGAUAAUUGAAAAGCUAACCAACCUGAUCAAACAUGUCUUUCCAGAUACGCAGGUUUAUCCAGCAAUGGGCAACCAUGACUUCCACCCCAAAAGCCAGCUUCCAGCUAAGGAAAAUAGGAUCUACAACGCAACAGCAGAACUAUGGCGCUCUUGGCUCAGCGACCGCUCUGUGCAAAUGUUCCGAGCAGGUGCUUUUUACAGUCAGUUGCUGUCCGGUCCUGGCCCAGCAAGACGUAUGGUUGUCCUCAAUACAAACCUGUAUUAUGACAAUAAUAAUCAAACCAUGGGCCUGGAGGAUCCGGGAGGCCAAUUCCAAUGGCUGCAAGAUACCCUGGCCAGGGCAUCAGAAGCAGGAGAAAAGGUCUAUAUUAUUGGGCAUGUCCCUCCUGGCUUCUUUGAAAAGAAACGAGGCAAGCCCUGGUUCCGAGAACCCUUUAACCAAAGAUACACAGAAAUCAUUCAGAAGCAUCACGGAGCGAUUGUGGCCCAGUUUUUUGGGCAUCAUCACACGGAUAGUUUUAGGAUGUUUUACAGCAACACAGGUUCUCCAAUCAGUGUCAUGUUUUUAGCUCCAGCGGUAACGCCCUGGAAGACAACCUUACCGGGCGUGCACAACGGAGCCAACAACCCCGGGAUCCGAGUGUUUACAUAUGACCGUGACUCCCUGCUAGUGAAGGAUAUGGUUACUUAUUAUCUAAAUCUCACCCAUGCUAACAUGGGGGCUCCUGAAUGGGAGAAGGAGUACUGCUUGACGGAGGCUUUCCAAAUCCCCGACGGUUCUGUUGGAUCCAUGCAGCAGCUCCUGCAGCAGCUUGAGAAGGACCGCAGCCGCCUUCAGCAAUACUACCGGUACAACUCCGUUCAAUACGACCUUACGGACUGCGAUGACAGCUGCCAGACUGACCACAUAUGUGCCAUCAGGGAAGUCGAUUUUGCAAAAUACAGCCAGUGUGUUAAAGACAGAAGCGCUGCCUCUGCCCCAGGGCUGGACCUUCUCUUAUUUUGUUCUCUGAUGGGACUCUUUACUCUAGGUGUGUGGGGAGCUUUGAGCGGGCUGUGGCACGAUAAGGGCCACGUGGAUGCCACCCAAACACUGAAAAAGCACAGAGUAUGAUCAAGGUCACAGACGCCAUCAUCCCGAAAACUUUAGCUUUCUUGGCCUUUAAAAAUACAUAUUUUUAAAUAAAGCUAGAUUUGGAAGUG